GGCCAUCUAGGAAGUAUGCAGGGAACCAGAAAGUAGAUGGACAGCAUCAGUACAUGAUGUAUGAAUUUUAUGAGGCACAUGUUUAGGUUAAUGGAAUGUGAAAAGGACUGAAGGAGGAAACGUGGACAAAUAGGGACUUUUUGUAGCUGUAAAGGAAAACUUUCUGGAAGCUGCAUUUGCAAAGAAAGACACACAGUCCACCGUUCAAUUUAACUAAGAACUGAUUCUGUCUGCAGCUAAAGCAGUGUCUAACCACUACAUCAGUGGUUUUCAGUCUUUUAACUUUAUGACAAGUUGUUGCCUUAAUGUGGACAUUAACUGAGAGUAUUUUUCUGAGGAUUUCUAGGCUAAAAACAUACAUAUUCACAGAAUUUUACAAGAAAAAAUGAAAAGUUAAAGCAUCGGCAACAUGGGUCAAAUGAUUUUGUGUGUUAUGACAAGGGUCACUUGUAAUGACAAACACUGAGAAACACUACAAACACCACAAGACCAACUCUACAGUUCCCCCUCUGCUCUGUGGAGCCCAUUAGUGUCUUUCAACAGCUUAUUUUGUUUUUUUCAGCCCACAGAAUUCAAGUUUAUGCUACUUGCUCAGCACCCAACAGUAGAUAUUGUGCAUUUUGCAUCCAGCUGUAAGAUGUUGGUGAAGUCUUAAAAAAGAGCUGCAAAUAAAAUGAAUAUUGCAUUUGUCCACACAUACUGUAUAUAAACUCUGCAGUGUGAUAAUAUGCCAAUGUUGUGUUUACAGCUUGUGCUUCCAGUUUUCAACAAAUCAAUUAAUACAGCUUUAUGGAGACUAUAAUCAAUAUUUUAUAUAUUUUAUAUGAUUACUAGGGUGUGAAAAGGAUUGCCUGCAGUGAGGAGGCCACAGAGAAUUAUCAUCUGACUGUGCAGCUCAUUGUUUGCAUUUCCCAUUUCCCCUUUACCAAAUUUACAGUGGCUUUUUCAACCACAGCAGGCAGCUGUUUCAGCUAAAAAAGCUCAGCGCUAAACAGAUACAUGAAUUUGGUGACUAGCUGGUGAACUGGUGAAAGUAUUAAGUGAGCAAAGAGCCUGAUAUUUCCCUCAGGAUUUAGUGGAAACCAAACUGAAGCCACAAAGGAGAGUGAAUAUCAGAUUUAUAUUUGCCAGGUGAGAACCACUGCGACAGAUCACCAUAAAUAUUCUGUAAAGACUUUGGCUCAUUCCCUGCACACAAAUUCAUCCCAAAGCUGAAAUAUUAGAUGGCGCAUAAACUACACCUUCUGCCUGUGUUUUCUCCUUGAGCUGGAGACAGGGUCUCAUCUGGUUGCCUUGACCACAUAAAGGCUUUACAAGGCUUUUUAAUUUUCACUCUAUUAUGUUUGUGGCAGAAAACCAUAACUCUUUGGUAAUUGUCCAUUAUGGAAAGACAGGAGAGGAGGGGGACGGACACAUCUGGUCCCAUUCAAUAGCCAAUCUCGUCUGUGUUGAGCAUGAAAACCUCAGACAUGUGCUCACACACACAGAGACACACUAGACACACAUUAUCACCAGCAUGAACCUUAGUGUGAUUAAAGGGGUGUGACUUGGCAUAUUAAUACAUUAUCCCCUUUCCAUUAUUUAUGAGUUACAUUUGAAUGGUGGUUAUCUCAAUCUAGCGCACCCCCCACCAAUGAAGCUGAGGUUACAUUGCAUUCUUGUGUCCUUAUGCACAGAAAUGGUUUUUAUGUUUAAUAGUAUUUAUUUCUCAUAAUUAUAGGAUGGUAUGUGCAAAUCUCCCUCUGUGAUUUAGGCUUUUUUUUUUAAAUUUCAGAAUCUCUUUCUAUAACACCCAUUUCUGCUGCAGUAUGUCAGGGCUGAGAUUAGGUUGUGCAGUCAGAUACAGUCACCAUGUGAGAAAGUAGAGUUAGGAUACACUGGCGCAGGAGCACCAAAUAGGCAAAAAGAAGGUAAUGUGGUUCAUCAUAGUAGAAAAUGUGUUUUAUUAAUGUCUUGUUAGACUAUUUGGCAGGACCCAUAAUGUUUAAAUAUUAACUGUUACAGCAGGUUCAUUUCUAUCUUUUUCACUUCUCCAUCGACACAUCAUAUCACUCCCUCCCUCCCUCCUCCACCUUUACUCACCGGUGUGUUUCCACCCGCUCCGUUUUUCUUCUCUUCCUGUUCUCUCCUCCGACCCUGGGGUGACUUUGUCCUUGAGUGCCGGCUAACCCUCAAAACGUUGUUAUGGAAAUGGUUAAAAGUGACUGUGAAUCAACAUCUUGAAGGACGACUUCUCCCUCCCAUUCUGGCUCUCACCUGGUGGCUCUGGUUUCUAGGGAACCGGUUUGUACAGUGACAGGGCAGGCACUCGUAGGAUUUGAUGGGUAAAUACAGAUAAGAAGUAACCAGCUGACGGGGAAACUUGUGUAUGAAGAAGGAAAGACUCUAACUGCCUUAUAGAUGCCAGUAAAACUAGUUUGAAGAGACGUUCCGAGAUGGAUAAACACUGUGGGAGUAGCAGAAGAGAGGAAACCCAGCUGUACUGGAGAGGAGUGCUCACAGAGAGGAAAGACAAAGCUGGCCGUCUCCAGUCCAAGAAAGCUGAUGAGAAGGCCUGUGUGGCGGUGAAAACUGAACACUCCAGAGCUCUGGGCAGUAGCCCGGCGUACGAGCAGAGUAAUUCACCCAGCGUGCAGGCGUGUCUGAGUCGGGCAAGCGGUGGGACCAGUAAUAAGAGCAGGGGAGGGGUCAAUGGAAGAGGCCCUGGCAGCAGGGCUCAGUUGCGAUCCAAACCAGAAGUGCCUCCAAAGCCACUACAUCUCCAGAGCCCGGUGACGGAGCUCUCGUCCCCGCUGAGUUGCAUCCAGAGACCACAGCUUAGACUGGGCAUGGAGGAGGGUGGAGGAGGAAGAGGAGGAGGAAGAGGAAGAGGGGUUGCGAACCGAGAAAAAGUCCGGGACAAACACUCCAAAGUCUCAGACCUUAUCAGCCGUUUUGAGGAGAACAGCAAUACAGACAACAAGAAAGACGGCUCACCACUCAAACAGAUCAGCAAAUCGUCCAACUGCAGCCCAGCUCACCGUGCCCUCCAGAAGCAGACUGAGACUGGCGAGAUUCAGGAGAACCAUUCCUCCGUACCAGCAGAAAAGCAGGAUGCACACAAGCCAGCAUCUAACGGGGUGAUAGCACAGAUGGAGGACAAGGGGAAGGAGGUCAAACAGGAGAGGAACAAUGGAAGUGUGAGAAUAGAGACUGCCGGGCUGGUUAAUGGAGAUAUGGGGGACGGGAGCACAGUACAGAGUGAUGAUCAUUCACCUCCACACACAGACAGGACUGCUACAGAAGGCCAUACAGAGAAUGAGGACAGUGGGUCUCAAACAGAAAAUCAGCACAAGAUGGAAGACCAUAAGGAGACAAAUGAACAGAAGCUGUUUAAGAUCGCCAGUGAGCUCUUGCAUACAGAGAAGGCCUACGUGGCGCGACUUAACCUUCUGGACCAGGUAUUCUUUGCUAAGCUAAUGGAGGAGGCAAAUAAAGGGACAUUCCCUGUGGAGGUAGUGAAGAACAUCUUCUCCAACAUCUCCUCCAUCAAUGCCUUUCACAGCCAGUUUCUGCUUCCAGAUCUGGAGAAACGCAUGGGAGAAUGGGCGUCCACACCUCGCGUUGGAGACAUCUUGCAGAAACUCACACCCUUCCUCAAGAUGUACGCAGAGUAUGUGAAGAAUUUCGAAAAGGCCAUGGAGCUGCUUAAACAAUGGACUGAUCGUUCGCCUCAAUUCAAGGCCAUCAUUCAGGAGAUACAGAGUCAAGAAGUCUGUGGAUCCCUGACACUUCAGCAUCACAUGCUGGAGCCUGUGCAGAGAAUUCCUCGCUACGAGAUGCUGCUUAAAGACUAUCUAAAGAAGCUGCCUCAGGAUGACUCCGACCGACGAGAUGCAGAGAAAUCUUUGGAAAUUAUCGCCACUGCAGCUACUCACUCUAACAGCGCUAUACGAAAAUCUGAGAAUCUGAAGAAACUGCUCGAGAUAUAUGAGAUGGUGGGUGAGGAGGAGGACAUUGUUAACCCCUCUAAUGAGUUCAUCAAAGAGGGCCACAUCUUAAAGCUGGCAGCCAGGAACACCUCAGCCAUGGAGCGAUACCUCUUCCUGUUCAACAACAUGCUGUUGUACUGCGUGCCCAAAUUCAGCCUGGGGGGGGCAAAGUACACAGUGAGGACGCGGAUUGGCAUCGACGGCAUGAAGGUCCUGGAAACAACCAACGAGGACUACCCCCAUACUUUCCAGGUGUCAGGGAAGGAAAGGACAUUGGAGCUACAGGCCAGCUCAGAGCAGGACAAGGCAGACUGGAUUAAGGCCUUCCAGGAGACCAUUGAGAUCUUCCAGCAAAAGAAUGAGUCGUUCAAGAACGCGUUGAAAGACGUGGAGGAAGUGUCGAAGGCAGAGCUGGGGAAGCGUGCCCCACGAUGGAUCCGCGACAAUGAAGUGACAAUGUGUAUGAAGUGCAAAGAGCCCUUCAAUGCUCUGACACGGCGGAGACACCACUGCAGAGCCUGCGGCUACGUGGUGUGCUGGAAGUGUUCAGACAAUAAGGUGGCACUGGAAUAUGAUGGCAACAAGACAAAUAAAGUCUGCAGAGACUGCUUCUCCAUCCUGACCGGAGAAAGGAUAACUGAGGGCAAGAAGAAGGGCAUCCUGGAGAUCGAGGCAGCGCAGUUCACAGGCAGUAGCAUCAUGUGUGGCUUCCUGCAGUACUGUGAGAAGAACAAACCCUGGCAGAAGGUAUGGUGCGUCAUCCCUGAGAAGGAGAGUCUGGUGCUCUAUCUCUACGGAGCUCCACAGGACGUGAGGGCCCAGUGUACUAUCCCCCUCCUGGGCUACUCUGUCGAUGACAGCACCCGGCCCACCGACCCUCCAGCUAGCUUCCGCCUUUCUCAGUCCAAGUCCAUCCACAACUUUGCUGCUGAGAGUGAAGAGCUUAAACAGCGCUGGCUAAAGGUGAUUCGAGUGGCAGUGACAGGAGAGAUACCAGAAUGUCCUCAGACCAACUGUGGCAGUGCCAACAUGGACAACAACAACACACAAGAAGCUGGCAGUGAUAGCACAUAAGGAUGCAAACAAACUGCCUUUGGGAUUGCUCAAGAAAGACAAAAUGUCCAGUUGUAUGCUACACGCCUGAAAUAUAACUGCACACUCUAAAUGCUGUCCUUAAAUCUGAAUCUUAAAGACAAAGUGGGAAAAAUCAGUGCUGGAUAAGCUGCCUUCCUUUGCCACUCUGUUGAUCCCUGGAUUCUUCUUAGAUUUUCUCAUAAACCCACACAUGAACUUCUACUAGAGCUGGACUACUAAAGGACAUGUGAUACAAUCCACACUAGAUCAAAGGGGUCUCAGGGUUGAUUGACUCCCCUCAAACAGGCACUAUUUAGGACAGCUCAAACUUAGUCUUCAUAGACUCUUAACCUGUGUCAGCUCCCCUUGAGCCAGUGGACAACCACAGACUUCAGCAGUACCCUGUACAGGAUGUGAUUCGAAGCAAGAGGACAGUGCAAACUCAGUCUGCUGGUGCUGUAACUCAACUAUCUGUACCUGUACAGUAUAAAUGGUUUGCUGUUUUCUUUUCAAAAAGGAACAUGUGCGUUUUCAUGUACAGAAACUAGUUCAAACCUUUUAAUAAUAUAGAAUGCAUCUAAGUAUGAUAUAAAGUAUUUACAGUAUUCCUGCUCUUCUUCGCUUGAGAAGAUGGUUUCAGUCUGAGAAAAUGAUCAUGUAGUUUGAUCAUGAUGGUCUCAUCUCAUUCUCUCAUCCCUCAGUGAAAAUUCAUCACCAGUCUAGAAGCACAAUGUCUCUUUGCCAUCGGUUGGAAAAAAAAAAAACAAAAACAAAAAAAUGAUUGCAAAACCAUUAAAUUCACCAAAUGUGAAAUUUUUUUGGCCUAUCCAGUUUAAGAAAUACUUAGCAACUGCUUCAUCACAUUGAUGCAAGUAUCCUAUAACUCCAUUAUUACAACAAAUCCUUCAUGCUCAUUGAUUUUUCAACAUUGUCCACAGUGGAAACCAUAGAUAUUCAACAGGGGACUCCACCAAUUCAGCAUUGCUCUUCCAUAAAGUUUAGAUAGCUGCAAGGCAGGUUUUUACAAACGAAAAAAUUGAAGCAGCAGAGGUCAGGAUGAACUAAGUCAGAAAUCCAGAAUCCUACCAUAAUGCAAAUACCUACAUACAUUAGAUCUGCCCUGCCUGCUAAUCACGACAUUUUCUGUAAUAUAUUUUAAAUCUCAAGCCGAACUAAAGAUGAUGCUGUGGUGAUGUCAUCAUCAUGGAUUAUUUUUUCACACUUUAGAAAGCUCCCAGCAGAGCCCCAGAUGCCAUUACACAACUGUUUUCUUGGCUUGAGUCGUACCCUUCAAGACAGGUAAUCUGACCAUCAUGUGUGAAAUCAGUGGAGUGGCCUUUUAAAGGUAAAACUACAUGAAUGGAAAGAAUGUAAUGAUGUUAAUAAUCUGUUCAUGCUGUCAGAAAAACCCCUGUGGCCUGGACAGCGCUGAGGGUGAAAGGUAGAUGCUCGUCCACCUGGAGGACAGGACCUUCAGGAUCAUCAUUGUCCUUGUGUGGCAGGGUUCUCAAUUUAGAUGCAAAUGCAGCACAAUCACGGAUAUAGCAAAGCUGGUGCCAGAAAUGUAAAUGUGUUUUAAUGCUGUAAUUAAUUUUAUUAUUUAAAGUAAUUUAUGGAGUAUGAAAAGCAUGACCUGUUAAAAGUAGCACAAAGUCGUUCCCUCACUGUCAACUAAGAAGUGCAGUAGGUAGAUGUUAUUUUUUUCCCCGAGAGCAGAUGAUUUUUCCACUAACUUGUCAAGCUUGGUUGUUCAGCGUGACAGCGACCGGUCAUAGAGCUGGAAGGACCGUGUUCAUUCACACAUGUAUACACACACACACACACCCUCCACUCGAUGCUGGUGCUCAUGUGAGUCUCACCCACCCUGAACUCUUUCCCCUCCUCAUUGUUGAAGAUUUAAAAAAAACAAAAAAAAACAAAAAAAAAAAAAACAAGAGCACAAAACGUUCCUAGCUGUAAGAUCUGAAUGUAUAUCCAGAUUUUUUUGAGUGCUCUCAUCCUCUUCCCCAAAGGUCUGAGAAUCUGCGCACUUUACAGUCUUAUAAAGUGUACCUUCAAAGAAAUAAAACCAGAUUAAAUAUGA